AUGAUCAGAUCAAAGGGUGAGAGAGGUAACUCAAAUCCAGCUUGGGCAGAUGCACGUAGAAGGACAGGAGAUGCGGGUGAAAUCACGGGAAAAUGGGUGUUCGAGGACGCCGAGGAGGCUGAGGAAGCUGGCAGGUCUGACGGGGAAGAAAGGUUAGGAAAAGUCAUUGAAUCCCAAAAAAACAUUCCGUCGCUUACGCCGAGUCUGUGGUGUAUAAUUGGGCUGCAAUUUGCACUGCUCCUUAAGUCCAGCACAAAGCUUAUUCGAGGAUUUCGUUAUUGGAAAUUCCAGGCUACCGCAACUGUUUUUGGACGAGACAGAAGUCUCGAACUUGCGCUAGUAGUAGCAAGAAGACCGGUAGCAUUGGUGGUGCUUCGCUCAUACGCAGUAUUGGAGGUUCGUGAAAUUUCCCGUGGUAGUUAUGCCAGGAUUGACUUUGAAGCUUGA